AUGUCCGACUCAUUUGAUACAUCCAAGUACAGCGACGAGGUCCAGAAAGUGUCCAAGGAUACCCCGCUCGAGGAAAUUCUGUACCUUCUGAAGCGUGAUGGCGGGGUAUUUGUGAAGAAUUUGAUCCCCGAAGAAGAUGUCGAGAAGGCAUUCCAUGAGGUAAAGGAUCGUCUGGAUAACGACGUGGAAUGGGAUGGCACAUUCUUCCCAGCACAAACUCAACGGGCUCCCUCACUGAUUGCGCGAAGCCCUACCUACACUAAGACGCAAUUGAUGAACCCCCUUUUUCGCAACAUCUGUGAGCACUUUCUGACUACAAGAAGCUGGUUCUGGUGGGGAGAUGAGAAGAAAGAAUCCGUAUCGAAGCCCUACGUACAUUCCUGCACAGCGAUGAGAAUUGGCCCCGGCGGUAAGGCGCAGCCAUUGCACCGAGAUGACUAUAUCGCCCAUCGCUACCAUACUGAGAUCGAUAAAUGGGAUGAUGCUCGUGACAUGGACCGCGAGUCGGCUGUUGGAUUAUUUGUCGCUGGUUGCAGAAUUACGAAGGAGAACGGGGGUACCCAGUUCAUUCCCCGGAGCCACCUUUGGGGCACUGACCGCAAUACUCCACCUCGUGUUGAUCAAUGCAUUUUCGCCGACAUGGAGAAGGGCGAUGGCUUCAUUAUGUUGGCAUCUGCCUUUCAUGGUGGAGGCUCAAAUGUCACCGAAGACGAGUAUCGCCUCGCUUUUGCUACGUUUAUCACACGUGGAUUUUUGCGGCAGGAGGAGAACCAAUUCUUAGCCGUGCCGCAAGACGUGGCACGGACCUACGACCGCGACAUUCAAGAGUACAUCGGAUAUUACAUGAGCGAUCCUGCCUGUGGUUACUAUGAGCAGAUGGAUCCGAUAUACCAUCUUCGACCUGAGCUCUUGAAGGACGCCAGACCCACCGACUUUUAA